CGCCUGGCCGCCUUCGAGGCUGCCCGCUCGGGCGCGCGCUGGGCCACCAGCAGCCUGGAGAAGGCGGGCGACCGGCAGUUUGUGCUGUCCUCGGCCCGGGUGCCGCUGCCUGGUAGCCCCAAGGUGGUGGCGCUGGCUGUGGCGGCGCAGAAGCUGCCGAGCCGCGUGCAGGUGGCGCCCCGGUCACACUUCGAGGAGACGCUGCUGUCGGUGGUGCAUGUGUCUGAGCCCCUUGAGCCCUCGCGGCUGGAUGAGGCCCUGAGCCAGCUCUGGGAGGCGGCUAAGAAGGAGAUGCUGGAGGUGAUGGAGGUGGGUGCGGAUGAGCUGCUCCGGGAGCACCGGCAGACUUGGGCCGACCUCUUCAUCUCAGGGAUCGAAAUGAGAAAGAUCACGGAUUCCCGGACGCCAUCCAGUGAGACAGUCAACAUGACUCUCUAUUAUGUUCUGUCCUGCAUGCCAGCUCCUCUGUUGGACCCACUCAUUAGUGGUGAAGACAGGGAAAAAAUGGAAGCCAGCUUGAACUAUGCCGACCACUGCUUCAGUGGCCAUGCAACUAUGCAUGCAGAGAACUUGUGGCCAGAGACUCUGACCAGUGUUCCCCAGAUCCUGCAGCUUUUGGACUUGUGGAAACUGACACUUCAGAAACGAGGAUGCAAGGGCCUUGUGGCAGCUGGGGUCCAUGGGCUCAUGCAAGGGAUGGUGCUUAGCUUUGGGGGCUUGCAGUUCACUGAAAACCAUCUCCAGUUCCAAGCUGACCCUGAUGUGCUUCACAACAGCUACUCCCUGCGUGGGAUCCAUUACAACAAGGACCUGAUCAACCUGGCAGUGCUGCUUGAUCCAGAAGGCAAACCCUUCCUGCAUGUGUCAGUGAAGUUCCAGGACAAGCCUGUUAAGCUAUAUGCGUGUGAAGCAGGCUGCCUGAACGAGCCUGUGGAGCUGACCUCUGAGCUGCGGGGUCACACCUUCCCUGUCAUGGUGACUCAGCCUCUCACCCCAUUGCUUUACAUCUCUACAGAUUUGACCCACUUGCAGGACCUGCGACACACGCUCCAUCUCAAAGCCAUUUUAGCCCAUGAAGAGCACAUGGCCAAGCAGUACCCAGGCUUGCCCUUCCUGUUCUGGUUCAGUGUGGCCUCUUUAAUCACGCUCUUCCAUCUGUUUCUGUUCAAACUCAUCUACAAUGAGUACUGUGGGCCAGGAGCCAAGCCACUCUUCAGGAGUAAGGAAGAUCCCAGUGUCUGAAUGCGCAAACUAACAGUCUUGCUUUCAGCCUCCAUUUGCAAAAGACUGCUAACAUCUGACAGUUCUGCAGCUGGGAACAAGGACCUUUUGAAAGCAACAAUCCUUUUGUGCCUUGUUUAGAGGGGAACUGGGGACUUGGAAAGUGAGGUUUUUCAAGAGUUUACACUAGAAAUUCAAGUCACUGGGUUGUCUCUUUUUUUCCCCAUGUAAGCUAUUCAGUUCUGUAAGACUGUUCAUACUUGAAAAUAUACAGAGUUCUUUGAUAAUUUGAUUUUGAUUUUAUUUUUUUAAAAUUUUAACAGGAAAAUAAAGAAUGAGAAUUCCCUUCCAAGAGUUACCUAGGUUGCUCUGUAGUGUCACUUCUUUUCUGGAAUGCUUUUUUUUUAAUUUAUUGGGUGGGGAUGGGAAUGGGACAUGGUGUUUGCAUCUAAUUUUGAUAGCAAGUAGAUACAGUUUAACUGAGUUAAGUGCUGGUAACAGGUUUUUUAGCAUUCAUGAGGGUAGAGUGCAAAAUCAAUAUGUGGUUUGAAGUCUGGUAAUGCCAACCUAUCAGUUUCCUACUCUGAACAUCUUGAGACUGUAUUGGUAUGUUUUGGCUGUUAAGGAGGCAUCCUACUUUCUAGUGAUUUGAAAAUUAUUUGGUUUUAAAAUACCAAAGCUGUUGUUUUUAAAUAAAUACUUUUCUGUCUACAGUA